AUGGCGCCCAUGGGUACGCAGGCUGCGGGAGAGAUUGGCUGGACAUACAAGCUGAUGACGAAGUUGAUAGAGAUGGGUCUGGUGAUCAAUGCAGUGAGGGGUACGGACUGUCGUCCUCGCUCGACUGGAUGCAUAUUCCAGCUGAACUGGAAAUGCGCAAACUUGGACGACUCUGAGAACAAGCCGAUAGAGCAGCAGGCGGCUGUCCAGGUGAACAGCGACGGGACUGGAAUGCUCGCUGUCGUGCCGCAUUUCAAAUCAUUCGACGGUGUCAUGAAUGUUGUGGAGGCUACCUACAGGAUCUCUGGGAACAAGUUUGAAGGGACGCAAGUGUGGAACUGGACCAGCAACGAUGGUGAAAUGUACUGCAACGGAGCAGAUCAGUUCGUUGGAACUCCUGGCAAGUCGACUUGCGACGAGACUUGGGAUGCGAACAUGGACGCGUGA